CCAAGGGAAUCCGUAAAUAAACAAUUUUAUCUACACUUCUUGGCAAAGGCCACGAAUCUUUGUUUCUUUAUGUGGUGAGUAAUUCUUUGGGAAAGGCAAACUCAAUUUUGCAGCUUGUAUUCCGUGUAAUAUAUAAAAGAUAACUGAUCGAUGGCGCAGAGCGACUCCAUUCCGGGAAUUUCACAAAUGGGCGCAACGAAGCGCCAUGCUAACUGGGCAAACAAGAAAGUUCUAUAUUUGGUAAGAAGGUUCCAUUGGCAUAUUUGGGCAGAAUUCCGCAAGCAGAGUAAUUAACUCCUCGUGGAUCCCAAUCAGUACUUGAAGUAAACCAUCAAACAUUGAUUACUAAGAUUAUUGCGACUAGCCGACCAUCCAAACGAGUGAGAAGUCACAUAGAGGAGAUAGAAUGGCCAACUGAAUGGAGUGCAUAACAGGCACUGGCUAUUUCCACUGAAAAACGGAAGAAUUCGCUACUGACGAGAUAAGACACAUUGAGAUAUCUAAAAUCCAAUCACGAGCAAACCCGGUUUUGGUACUGGAGCGAUAAGAAGGUACCUGCUUGCUAUAUAAAUGGCAAGCCUCUUGAGCAAGUAUUUACCUAAUCGGAUGCGAGUGCGCAGGAGGCCUGACAACAGAUAUAGAGAUAUCACCCAGUGACGUCAAGGCCAGAUUGGCGAAGUAGGAUGUGGAAAUGCAGGGAACUCUGCGGUGGCAAUGAGAAAAUCCCCCUUAAAAGUAACUUACUCAACCGGCAGAGUCAACGACCUAGGGCAAGUUGCACUUGUCGAGUGAUUUAAAGCCCAUUCAUAAAUUCACUUCCCAAAACCACUUCCUGUCACUGGCAUUACGUCCAAGUGGGUGCAAUAUAAAUUCCAGUGCCAUGCAUAGAUGACACAUAUAUGGAACCCGUUGAUCACGUAAAGUUCGAUAAGCGACGAUACCGGGGGUGGCUUUAUAAUUAAUUAAACAGAAUCGAAACCACUGUCGCAUAAUUCCCACAUUACGUAUGCGUGCUGGAAAUAAACCACCUUUUUGGACCCUCUGCGAACUUUGGAGUAUUUAUCAUCCAUUAAAACCGAAUGGAGCAGCGCGCCACGGUUCCAUCCUGCUAUCUAUUGGACCAUUGGAAAACCAAGCGAAGAAUCGUGACUAAAUUGAAUCGAAAUUGCCCUAUUACGAUUUCCAGCAGAUAAGAGAACCGCCCUGGAUGGGCCCAUUCCCUAUCCAAGAAAACAGCUGGCUGGGAAGCACCCGAUUCCUCGACUGAUUACACGGCAGUGUGCCAAUGAGUAAGUUAGCGAGUAUGUGUGAUCCGUCAGUGGAUUGGCAUUCGAGGCAGCAGGUCUCGAUACUCUAUAUAUAGACAUAGACAUCAUUGAACUCCAGAUUGCGCAGGCAGUUUUCACUGGUUUGCUCAGUUCGAAAUAUGAAUAUGGCUACUCCAAAGAUCGAUUUCUGCAAUAGGAUAAGUAUUAACAGAGUUCUUUAAGCAGAAUAUUAUCUAAGCACUGCCCCUAAUUCGUUGCGAUUCAUUAUGAGCUUACCAUUUUAAAAACUCCCAUCAAUAAAAUCAGCGAUAAUGCUUUUAUGGGUAUAACCAUUAAUUCGGGGUAAUUCAAUGUGUCAUAAACAUAACUACACUGGAACACAAGCUAACUUAUAUUACUUAGUUAUUACUAUAUUCUUGAUUAAUUUCUUAACUAUAUAUAUUGCAAAUAAAGGCUGAAGAGCUCACUUCUCACGCUCUGCUUUUCUAGCAGCCAAGUACAAACAUGCUUUACAUACCAAAGUGUAGAUUAGGACCGAUUAGAGAGCCAUCUUCUCAAGGUAGGGCAUUCCUGGGCAAGACAAGCCCGAUCCAAAGCACCUUAGACAUCCCAUUGGCACUCGCACUCUGCUAUCUCAACUCGUCACUGAUAGGGAACCAUAUAUGGGGGGCAGCCCGCUCGCGCUUUCUUGGCGAUAAGGAGCCACCAAUUACAAUUUGGAAAGGGAGACUCUCUCCAGAGAGGCUCCCCCUAUAAAUACAGCCCGCACUCGCCGGCGACGGGCAAAUCCGAAAUCGGCAGCAAGCAAGAGACACCUGAACAAUAGAACACGGCAAACGCGGGCCGAAUAAAGUGAAUUCCAUGCCAAAGCGAAACGGAAUACAAGUGAAGUGCUAUCGAUACGCCAGAACAAGGGCGAAAAGCUAAAGCAGUCGCGACAUCGAAUCCCCAAACGAGUCGCGCCUCCACAUCCAAGACCCAAGAACCGUCAAAAUUACUUACUACUACUCGACAAAUUCGUGCGGCGCGUGCAACCAGAGCGAGGACAUCAUGCUCUUAUCCUACCGAUGCAUCUACUCGGUGCUGCUGUCCACCAUAGCCAGCAUUAUGGUGGUGCUCAGCUCUGCAUCCUCCGGCUCCAUGCAGCUGCCCACCGUGCGCAAGUGCGGCGGUGGCGGCUCCACGGGAGCAGCCCACACCAUGGCCAUGAAUUUGGCGGCCUACGGGCUGCUGGAGAACCGGAUAAGUACUCUGGAAGCACCGCGACAAACGCACUGGACGAAAAAGUUCCUGGCCAAGCAGGAGGCGACUCCUCACUCGGCGCCGUACGUGGUCAGCAUCCAGAUGAUGACACCCGAUCAGGGCCUGGUCCACUACUGUGCCGGCACCAUCAUCAACGAGCACUGGAUCCUCACGGCCGCCCACUGCCUCAGCUCACCGCAAGCGGUGGAGAACUCGGUCAUUGUGGCGGGCAGCCACGACAUACACGAUCAGAAGGGCGAGGCGAGCAACAUCCAAAUGCGACACAUCGACUACUACGUGCGCCACGAGCUCUAUCUCGGCGGAGUGAAUCCCUACGACAUCGCGCUCAUCUAUACCAAGGAGCCCCUGGCGUUUGACACCUAUGUGCAGCCAGCAACGUUGCCGGAGCAGGAUGCCCACCCCGAGGGCUAUGGAACUCUGUACGGCUGGGGCAAUGUCUCGAUGACUGCGGUGCCCAACUAUCCCCACCGCCUGCAGGAGGCCAACAUGCCUAUCCUGGACAUGGAGCUCUGCGAAAAGAUCCUCGCCCGCUCCGGACUCCAGCUGCACGAGACCAACCUGUGCACUGGCCCGCUGACAGGAGGCGUUAGCAUCUGCACCGCCGACUCCGGCGGACCUCUGAUCCAGCAGUGCUGCGAGGAGCCCUUCGAGCAGGCCAACAUCGUCAUCGGCAUCGUGUCCUGGGGCAAGAUGCCUUGCGGCCAGAAGAACGCGCCCUCGGUCUUUGUCCGCGUCUCCGCCUUUACGGAGUGGAUCAACCAGGUCAUCAGCACGGCCACCCAGAUCUAGUAAGAUGAUCAUCGGAAAGAUACUGUGCAACUUGGGCAGAUCCUCCCAUGAAUUAGCGCUCGAAUGUGAAGAUAUCGAAAAACGAAAUAUACACAAAAAAAAACACAAAAGAUCGAAAACCCAAAGAAUGUAGAUUCUCUAGACAAUCUCACUAGACAAAUAAGAUGAACAAAUAUAGAGUUAUAUACUGCCGCCAUUCUAGUAAUUUAAGACAUAGACUAAGGCUCCACAAACAUGAAUAAAUUUGUUAAUACUUAAAUAGAACAAAGAUCUCAACUGACUUUUUAUUUUUAGCUAAUCUAACCAAGUAGGAUGAGCGAAAAUAGAAUAAAGUGACCUAUUUUACUCUCCAGUUACUUGUAUUGCGUAAGGGAACUAUUUUGUUUUCCUGUCCAAAGUAGCUCAACAAACAUGAACAAAAAUAGAUCGCACACCUCGCAUUCCUUGAGUUUGGAAUUAAAUCCAAUUGCGCAGAUUGAAUAUGAAAAGUGCGUACAAACGAGAGCUCCUCCAAUUUUGGCCCAGUCGAAAGUGAUUGUGAAAUAAGCUGAGGGGCAGUCGGCCUGAUAAGAAUUCGCGAUAUAUUCGCUUCUGUUGCUGGGCGGGGAGCAGGCGGAGUUGUUGGGGGACGAACCCACAACUCACCUGGCGCCUUUCCACGCAUUAGUCAUGCUCCCGAGCAGCGUCUGGCCAAAUUAAGGGGCAUCGGGAGAAUGUUACGACUGUCAGAUUGGGAUCAGUGCGACUAGAUUAGCUGGGAGCUCGUAAAAAGCGCUAAAGUGCGGCCAUCAGCUGACUUCUGGAUGAUUGACAGACUUCUGGGACAGCCUGUGCGAAAUUAUGGCCCUGUUUUGGGUCUAGACAUCUGAGAUCGAGCUCGUUGAACCUUGAGUCCAACUGCUGCACUUUGAGCCCCCAGGAACUGAGUAAUUGUGGAGCGGUCAGCUGUAAUUCCGCAUUUUCCAUUUCCAGGAAUUAUCAAUAAUUAUUCAACUUGACAGAUGGCCUAGAAAUUGUGAAGCACCCAGGAAGCCAUAAGGUAUUCAAAUGUUGAGGUACUGGCAAAUCAAUUAUUGGGCAUUUUCAAUAAUAUAGAUAAGAAGUAAAGAAAAUUAAUUAUUUCGUUAUUUGUGAGAAGGAUUAAAUACAAUCACCUGGGUUUUUGAAAUUAAAGUGUGUCAGCUUUAUUUACAAAAUUACUAAGGCCUAAAUUCCGCUUUGUACACCAUAUGUACAGUUGCGAAAAAAAUAAUAGCAGCACCACUACGUAUUUUAUUCUCGAUCAAAUAAAUUAAGGUUGCGGUACCGAAGGUACGAAAUACAGAUUUUUCGCAUAAGGCUAGAUA